CACUGCUGUCAUUGGGAGAAGCUCUGUUCUGCCGCGCCCCCCUCCCUGGCUGGGGCCCCCGCGCUGAGCUGAGCCGCCUUGCAGAGUUCAGUCGGGCUGGGAGAAAGAGAGAGAGAUACAGAGAGAGAGAGAGAGAGAGAGAGAGAGAGAGAGAGGAAUGCACUGGGAUGCGGAGCGGCAACCACUGUAGGAAACCGACGCAACAACUCGCUCACUAUGGACAGCAAUGAUCCAUAUUUACACCUCAGCAUGUGGCACCCUGCCUCUUUACCUGCAACCGGAGGCAGCCCUAGGAGGGAAAGGGGUUGCGGUCACUACUCGGCAGGGCCAAUGAGUGCAGGCCACGGUCAUCCCCCUUCCAUGGCUGGCAUGGUGGGACAUCCCUCAGUCAUCAGCACCUCCAGGCCCCUACCGUCCCCCAUGUCCACCCUGGGCUCGCCGAUGAACGGCCUGGCAUCACCUUAUCCCGUCAUCACGUCGUCACUGGGAUCACCCUCCGUACCCCUCCAGUCUACUCCCAACAUGAACUUUGGACCAAUCAGCAGUCCACAGAUGAACUCAAUGAACAAUGUUAGCAGUUCGGAGGACAUCAAGCCUCCACCGGGCCUGCAGUCUCUGGGAAACAUCAACUACCAAUGUACGAGCCCGGGGGGGAUGUCAAAGCACAUCUGUGCUAUCUGCGGGGAUCGCUCUUCAGGAAAGCACUAUGGUGUGUACAGCUGCGAAGGCUGCAAAGGCUUUUUCAAGCGCACGGUCCGUAAAGAUCUCACCUACACGUGUCGAGACAACAAAGAGUGCCUGAUAGACAAGCGCCAGCGGAACCGCUGCCAGUACUGCCGCUAUCAGAAGUGCCUGGCCAUGGGCAUGAAGAGAGAAGGUGUGGGCGUGUGUGCAGCCGUGCAGGAAGAGAGGCAGCGCGGGAAGGAGCGCGGCGAGAACGAGGUGGAAUCCACCAGCAGUUUCAACGACGACAUGCCGGUGGAAAAGAUCCUGGAUGCUGAGCUGGCUGUGGAGCCCAAAACGGAGACGUACAGCGACGGCAGCCCCGGAAACUCGACCAACGACCCCGUCACUAAUAUCUGUCAGGCAGCAGACAAGCAGCUCUUCACCUUGGUGGAAUGGGCCAAAAGGAUCCCACACUUCUCUGAGCUCCCUCUGGACGACCAGGUCAUCCUGCUUCGAGCAGGUUGGAAUGAGCUGCUCAUUGCCUCUUUCUCGCAUCGCUCAGUCACAGUUAAAGACGGCAUCCUGUUGGCUACAGGUCUACACGUGCACAGAAGUAGCGCCCACAGUGCAGGAGUGGGAUCCAUCUUCGACAGAGUCCUCACAGAGUUGGUAUCCAAAAUGAAAGACAUGCAGAUGGAUAAGACAGAGCUGGGCUGCCUGCGAGCCAUCGUUCUAUUCAACCCAGAUGCAAAAGGUUUGUCAAACCCAUCAGAGGUGGAGGCGCUAAGAGAAAAAGUCUACGCUUCAUUGGAGUCGUAUACAAAACAGAAGUACCCCGACCAGCCUGGCAGGUUCGCCAAACUGCUCCUGCGCCUGCCAGCUCUGCGCUCCAUCGGUCUCAAGUGUUUGGAGCAUCUGUUCUUCUUUAAACUAAUCGGGGACACGCCCAUUGACACUUUCCUGAUGGAGAUGCUGGAGGCUCCGCAUCAGAUCACAUGACACCAGUCCUCCACUCCCCUUCCCUGUAAAUACCCCCAACUUGUGAGCGAUGUGAAGAUGGAUGGAAAAAAAAGAGACUUGAUCGAAACUGUUAAACUGUUUUCUACCAAGUAAAGCAAUGUGAUUAAAAUAACAGUGAUAUUUUCCAGUUGUUUGGAUGAGUAUCCUAUAUGCACACAGAUUCUGAUAGAUUUGGUAACAGAUUUUGUAAAUAGAUGAUUUGUUGUAUUUGUUUUAAAAGCAUCCCAAUGCAAAUUACAGAGGAAUAAUUUUAUUCUAAGAGAGAGAAGAAAAAAAAACAAACAACAACAAAAAAAACAUUUCAUAAAAGAACACGUUUAAAGCUUCUUACAGAAUAAAGUUAUUUAAAAUGUGAGUAAAAUGUGUUGUUUAUUCUGUAGUUUUUUUUACUCAGAUUCCCGAAUGAAAAGAGAAAAACUGAAUCUGGUUACACCUUUACGUUUCCAGGCUUCGUCCACGAGAGGGCGCCAAUAAAGUGCCUCACAGUAUUUGGGA